AUGUUCCGACCCGACUAUUGGCCAGACGACCCUAUGGACGGUGUCCUCGGCGGCGGCAUGAUGCGGCCGGGUGCAGCACCCCGUCGUUUCGAUGAAUACUAUCGCUGCUAUCCUGUCGCUAUGCUGCCCGGCCCCGAGCGUGAGAACGUGAACCAUGGUGGCAAGGUCAUCAUGCCGCCGAGUGCUCUGGACAAGCUUACUCGCCUCCACAUUACAUACCCUAUGCUAUUUGAGCUACACAAUGGUGCCAAAGAGAGAAUGACACAUGCAGGUGUUCUUGAGUUUAUCGCUGAAGAGGGGAAGAUCUACCUGCCAUUCUGGCUCAUGCAAACCCUGCUAUUGGAGCCUGGCGACCUUCUCCAAAUAAAGUCUACGGAUCUUCCUCCCGGUCGGUUCAUCAAGCUCCAAGCUCAGUCCACCGCGUUCCUCGACAUCAGCGACCCGAAAGCCGUUCUUGAGAACGCGUUCCGGAACUUCUCAUGUCUUACCAAGGGCGACGUGUUCACAUUUUCCUAUAAUGAUCAAGUUUACGAGAUGGCCGUGCUAGAAACUAAGCCUUCUGGGACGAAAAAUGCUAUAUCGGUUUUGGAAACCGACUUGGAGGUUGACUUCGCCGCGCCAGUGGGAUAUGAAGAGCCGCAACGGACUAGUGGUACCAGCACACCUGGCAGUGCCAUCAGUGGAGGGAAGCUCCCCGUGGGUGGCCUGUUGCACCCUCAGGGAAGUAUGGCGCAGUCCAUCAACUAUGCCGCCAUUGCGCCCGACUCUACCGAUGUCGCUGCGGGUGCCCGGGCUGUGUCUUCUAACUUCUUAUCCGAGGGUCAACGACUGAAUGCAAAGAAGGGCAGCAAAGCCCCUACCCCGAAGGCGAGCACUCCCACGCCCGGUACCGCAAACCCUCAACAUCCUCCUCCUGUUCGAAGAACCAACGGCCCUCAGCCUCUGCGGCUACCUCCCAACCAGCUAUUCUUCGGGUACGCGAUCAAGCCAGCCAAACCUCGCGACGAGAAUGGAAAGGUGGUUCCCGAAGACCAGCCCAAGUUCCAGGGGAUCGGUCAGACUCUACGUGGAAAGAAGAAGGACACUGGUGGAUCGGCGACUCCCACGUCAGGGGGCGAAGCUGACAGCCAGAAGGGCAAGUCGAGCGGCCGCACCCUGGGAAGCACCAAGCGCUGA